AUGAAUAACAGUAUUCAGCAUCCCUGCCCAAGCUCUUUACCUGAGGACACCCUCGCAUUUGCCGAACGGAUAUUUGAUGGCGCAAGGGCCGGCGACAUUACCUUGUUAACGUCAGCAAUCGAGGCUGGCCUGCCCGUUGAACUCACCAACGCAUCAGGGAACAAUCUGCUGAUGCUUGCCGCCUACCAUGGAAGAGACCAGCUUGUGCGCUACCUCCUCUCUCGGGGCGCCCAGCCAGACCGACUGAACGAACGCGGCCAAUCUGCCUUAUCUGGGGCGGUAUUCAAAGGGUGGACGGAGGUGGUCAAGGCGUUGGUCGAAGCAGGAGCUGACAUCAAGGCUGGCAAACCAAACGCAAUCGAUUGCGCCUAUAUGUUUAAACGCGAUGACUAUUGGCAGUUACUUGGAGCUUCAGUUGCUGACAUUUCACCUGAUGCACCCAAAAGAAUUCCUUGA